AUGGAUAUAUCACACAAUAAGCUUAGUGGAGAUAUACCAUCACAAGUCAUUGGUCUGUCCUCCUUCUCUAUCUUGCUCAACUUAUCGCAAAACUCGCUAACUGGCAUUCUGCCUGUAGAAGUGGUGGUCUUAGCUCUUUAUUGGAGGAGAAAAACUCAAAAGACGAAACCAUUAAUAGCAGUGUCAUCAAUUAACUUCCUUCCAAAGGUUUCAUGCCAGACACUUCAUCAUGCUACUGGCGGAUUCUCUUCGAGCAAUCAAAUUGGAUCAGGCGGUUUUGGCUCUGUAUACAAACGGAUUCUUAAUCAAGAAGAAAGCAACGUUGUUGCCAUCAAGGUCCUCAACCUUCAACAGAAAGGUGCUUCCAAGAGUUUUGUGGCUAAAUGCAAUGCACUGAGAAAUAUCCGGAACAUGAAUCUUGUGAAGAACUUAACAUGUUGCUCCAGCACGGAUUACAAUGGUAAUGACUUCAAAACUCUAGUUUUUGAGUAUAUGUCAAAUGGAAGUUUAGAGGAGUGGUUGCACAGAGAAAAUCAGUCAAGGGGUCUGAACCUUCUUCAAAGACUGAAUAUUGCUAUUGAUUUGGCUUCUGCAUUGUGUUAUCUUCAUGACUAUUGUGAACCACAAAUCACUCACUGCGACAUGAAGCCGAGCAACGUUCUUCUUGAUGAUGACAUGGUUGCUCGUGUUGGUGAUUUUGGGUCAGCAAGACUCAUCUCAACGACCACAGACUCCUCUCAAAAUCAAAGUAGCACAAUUGGAAUAAAGGAAACCAUUGUCUAUGCUGCUCCUGGAAGAAGACCUAUCGACGAGAUGUUUAAAGAGGGUUUAAACCUCCAUAACUUUGUCAAGAUGGCCAUACCAGGAAGAGUGAUGCAGAUUGUAGAUCCUACUCUUCUUGCCACUUUAGAAGACACAACACCUGCAACAUCACAAAAUGUAGUGAACUACAUCAAUGGUUACAAUAAUGAAAUCGAAGCAGUUGAAGAAAACAUUGACAAUGAGAAUUUAAGCAAGAUGAACACUUAUGUGUGGAAGUGCAUACUUCCAACCCUUAAGAUUGGACUUGCAUGCUCGGAAGAAUCACCAUGA